AAGAUUUAGAGUCAAGAUUCGAAAAUACUAGAUCCACCAAAUUAGAUUUGAGCUACUAUAAUCUUGAUGCUGAAAUAGAAAAAGCUUUGAUAAAGGCUUUAGGAACAAAUAAAACUAUUGUCUGCUUAAAUUUAAGUUGUAAUCGUCUUGAAAUGAGAGAUGAUCUUGUAAAGGUCUUAGGAACAAACAAUACUCUCACUAGCUUAAAUUUAAAAUCGACUGGUCUUGAGACUGAAGUAAUAAAGAAGUUAUUAAUGAUUUUAAAAACCAAUAAAAGUAUUACUAAUUUGGAUUUAAGCGAUCAAAAAAGUGAUUUGGAUUCAAGCAAUCAUUGUAUAAAUGGAGAAGAUUUAGUAGAAGCUUUGGGACAAAAUAUGACUCUUGUCAGUUUAAACCUGAGUAACAAUUCUAUUGAUUGGUCCGAAAUAAAAUCGACAACUUUAAACAAAAACGAAACUCUUAAAAAUUUGGAUUUGAGUAAUUGUAAUAUUGAUUUUAAAAUUGUAGAAUUGGAAAAUUUUUUGAUACAAUUAAAGAGUCUUGAAGAAUUGAAUUUAAGUUCAAAUAAUCUUACAUUUCGAUCAGAAAAAGCUAUAGCAAAAAUCUUGACAGACAAUAAAACCCUUAGAACUUUAAACUUGAGUUCAAAUAAGAUUAAUUUGUUAAUAGAGUUAGAGGACAAGCAAAAUUAUGACGCAUUCCGCUCUUUUAAUCUAAACGAAUUUGAGAACGCAUUGAAUAAAAAUCAAACACUUAAAAGUCUGGAUCUAAGUUUCAAUCAUCUUCAUCUUGAAGCCGGGAGAAGUUUAUUAAGAGCUUUACGGAUAAAUAAAUCUAUUACUGAUUUGAAUUUGAGCGACAAUCAUAUUGUUUCUGAAAUAGGGAAUUCUUUAUUAGAAAUUAAAUCUAUUGCUAGAAUAAAUUUAAAAUCAACAAAGAUCAGUUCUGAUGUAAUAAAAGCCUUUGCGGACGCAUUAAGAACUAAUAAAAUCCAACUCCAGAGUUUAAAUUUGAGUAAUAAUGAAAUUAGUAAAGAUGUAAUAGGACUUUUAAUAGGAGCAUUAGAAGAAAAUGUAUCUCUUAAAGAAUUGGAUUUGAGUCACAUUGUAGAAGUAGGGAAAUUGGGAGAAGAACUGAAAAAUUCAUUGGAAAAAAAUCGAACACUCAAAAUCUUAAAUUUAAGCCAUU